AUGGCCGCCCCGGUCGAGGAAACCGACUACGACUAUGAGUCCUUACCGCCCAACUUCUCGCUCGCCGCGAACAUGCUGGCGGGCGCAUUUGCCGGAAUCGCCGAACACUCGGUGAUGUAUCCUGUGGACCUCCUCAAGACACGGAUGCAGAUCAUCAAUCCCUCUCCAACCGCUCUAUACUCCGGUUUGUCGAACGCGAUGGUCACCAUAACACGCGUAGAAGGAUUCAGAACACUUUGGAAAGGGCUUUCAAGCGUGGUAUUGGGCGCUGGUCCGGCGCACGCUGUUUACUUUGCUACAUAUGAGGCGGUCAAACACGCAGCAGGGGGGAACCGGGGAGGGAAGGAAGAGCAUCAUCCGUUUGCAGCCGCCCUCAGUGGUGCCUCGGCAACCAUCGCUAGCGACGCGUUGAUGAACCCGUUCGACGUUGUUAAGCAACGGAUGCAGCUACAUGGAUCCGUCUACAAGACCAUCGGUCAAUGCGCGAGAGAUGUCUUCCGAAGAGAAGGCUUCACCGCAUUCUAUGUGUCAUACCCAACAACGCUAUGCAUGACUGUACCCUUUACCGCAACACAAUUCGUCGCAUACGAGUCUCUCUCAAAAGCCAUAAACCCGACAGGGAAAUACGACCCCUAUACACAUUGUACGGCGGGAGCGUUAGCCGGAGGGGUUGCUGCUGGUAUCACUACACCGCUUGAUGUGAUCAAGACUCUGCUCCAAACCAGAGGGACUGCGACAGACCCGGAGCUUCGAAACGCUAGGGGCUUGUGGGAAGCUGCGAGGAUUAUCAGACGCCGGGACGGCUACGGAGGCUUUUUCCGUGGCUUGAAGCCAAGGAUAAUAACGACGAUGCCCAGUACCGCCAUCUGCUGGUCUGCAUACGAAAUGGCCAAGGCAUUCUUCAUUGCCCGGAACGAGGCGUAA